CUAAUUGGAGUUGAAUGGAACAAUAAAACGAAACUAGACUCUGAAAAAGAAGGUGGAACUUCAAUGGGUGAUUCAAUUCAUGCUUCUAUUUCUUGUAAUUGAUUAAGAGUUUCAAAAUGACCAACGAACAAACAAGGCCGUGUGAAUACAGUAAGCAUAACUCUUGCUGAGACCCAAACGAAUUGAAUAAAGAAAGAACUACAUUCUGAGACUUCUCCUGGGAUGGUUGCAGCAGGAGGUUCCUAAAAAUACCCAUCUGUUCCACCCAAGUAAACUACUCAACCAUCCAGCAGAAUCAGUACCUGCUCUUUGAUGUUAAGGGGAGCAGCGACUAAAGCCAGAUUCAAUUAUGAUCAAGAUCAACUAACCUGAAUCUCAUGGUUUAGUUGAAAAAUUGCAGUUCAGGUGUCCACCAACUCCAUCUCAACAGCUCCACAGGUCCAUCAGAGAGGCUCAAAAGCAUCCCUAGCAAAGCUAUAUAUGCUCAACUCCGCCAAUCCUUCACCAUCAAGCUCACCAUUUCAAAGCCUUCACAAUCGAACUCCCCUUCACACAAAGAUCCCGACUAACACACAUCUGUAAAUCCAAUGGCGAAACCUGUAGCCAGUUGCUUCUGCCUUAUCCUUCUGGCAGUCAUUGCUGCAAUUUCCUGUGCUGCCAAUGCUGCCAGACUCCUAGACGAGCUCAACCCAGCUCCCUCUUCAGCAUCAACUCUGGCUCCCACCACCGCAUUACCAAGCGGCCCAAUCCCCGCAGCCCCGGUAGAUGAUGAUGACGACUCCGACGAAGCAGCUGACCCACCACUUCCAGACGCCGAAGUCACUCCUCCAGCCGUCACAGCCCCAAUUUCCGAUGAAGCACCGCCGGCUACUACUCCUCCUCCCGUCGCAGAGGAGGAAGCCCCAAUUCCUAGCCCCACCGCUAUUCCAACAGCUCCGACGGCGGCAACCGCAGCUACCACCGUCACAGCCACGGCGGCGGCAACCGCACCAGCUUUGUCCUUCUUUAUGCACGACAUCCUGGGCGGGAGCCAUCCGUCGGCCAGAGUAGUCGCCGGCCUAAUCGCGAGAACCGACAUCAACGGAAUCCCAUUCUCCACCCCGAACAACAACAUCUUCCCGCUCCAAGGAGGAACCCCGCUGCUAAACCCUAACAACAUCAACAACCUAAUCAACCCAAACACCGCCCCACUAAUGACCGGCCUGAACCCCGGCAGCGCCCGCUCCCAACAGACCAACACCGUCCUCCAGAACGCCGGCAGCAGCGGCAGCAGCGUCGUCAACCCGGCCAGCGGCAGCCAGCCGUUCGUCACCGCCGGCCAGCUCCCUGCGGGGCUAACCCUCCAGAAGCUGAUGUUCGGGUCGAUUACGGUGUUCGACGACGAAUUGACGGAGGGCCACGAGCUGGGGUCGGCGGUUUUGGGGAAGGCACAAGGGUUUUACCUGGCGAGCUCGCUGGACGGGACUAGCCACACGCUGUCGUUGAGCUUGUUGCUGCACGGCGGGGAGAAAGAGCAUGAGGCGGUGGAGGAUACGAUUAGCUUCUUCGGGAUUCAUCGGAAUGCGUCUCCGGUGUCGCACAUCGCGGUGGUGGGCGGGACCGGGAAGUAUGAGGACGCCAAAGGGUACGCGACGAUUGAGACGAUUCAGCAGGAGGAUCAGCAUGUUACCGAUGGGGUGGAUACCAUUACUCAUAUCAAUGUCUAUCUCUCUAAGUAGAAGGGAGGAGGAAGAAGAGAGGGAAAAUGUGGCUUUGGGUUUAAUUUGUGUUUUCUUUCUACUUGCGAUAAUUUCUAUUUCCUUGGAUGUUAUGGUGAAUUUCAACGGUUAUGAAGAAAAUUGAAAGAGAAACAUUAUAAGUAUUUUUUUCCUUUUUCUUUAUUUUUGAUGAAAAAUAUUCUCCUUAGUUAACCCGGUAAAUAUAUGUGAAUUAGUGAAGGACUAUAUAUAAAUCAUGUCCCACUAAAAAUUAAUGAGAUAAAUAAACGGAUAAAAUUAAGGUGAAUGCGUUCGCCAAUAAUUUUUUGAUUACGACACCAAAUGUAUAUACAAAAUGCAAAACACAAUGGAACAUUUCAAUUCACAUGAAAUAUUUGAUGCAUAGAGGCAAGAUAAUCCGCAGCGUAAUUGCUCUCCCGAAAUAUAUGCACUAUUUGAAACCAUGCGCACUAUUAAUAUUUAAGUGUCAGAGCACCCCUCAGCGCUCUAUUUAUUAAAAAAAAAAAUUGAGGCAUAUUAAGUAUUUCCAUUUGUGGAAGUGUGAUCAUUGUUAUGUUUAGUAGUUUUAGUUUGAUAUAAACUAUUAUUAAAACAAUUUCAUCCACAUAAUCUAAUAAGUAAUAACGAAGUAAAAGAGGAGUGAGCUAUCAUAUCGAAUAACCUGACAUUGAUAACAAAUAGGUGUAAGGUAAGAAAGUGAUUUUUUCUAAAAAAAAUCACAAUCUAUUUGUGUGCUUCUAGCCAUACCAAUAUUCCCAUUCCCCGUCACUCAAAUAACUAACUAUUUUUUGUUUUUUACAAGAGGAGCACUUGUAUUGCAAUGAGAGUCACGGUUACACGGGGGUGAGAACCACAAUGAAAGCAGGAAACAGAGCAACAAUGGAGCCAGAUGUCAAAGCAAUCUAAAUCAAAAGAGAAUGCCAGAAAAUGAACAAGAACUAGAUUUAUCUCCAACAAAAGAAUCUCCACAACAAGAUGCUAACACUGAGAACCCAAAACCCGUGCUUCUACAAUAUUCAGCACAGCACAAGCAAGGUUCCAACUCGCCCAAAACCAGACAAGUCCAUGGCUAUUGAACAUUGCAACGCCAUAAGCCGCCACCUAGGGAUCGUUCAGAGCUAAAUAGGUCGAGGAAGUCGGAGGCAAGGAUGACCAUGAACCGGGAAAAAUGAAGAAUCAACUUCACCAUCUCCAGAAAGCCAAAGAAACAAAGCCAACAACACCAAAAAUGAUACCACACCCCACUUCAGUCGACUGAAAGUCUCAAGAAAACCAGUGGAAGAAGGGAGGGAGGAACAGUGAAUAUGCUCGCCAGAAGAGAUGAGCACACCAACAAAGAGUAGAACCUCCAACAACAAAAUACCAUUAGAAACACUCCAAGUAGCAAUUUUCAGGUCCAAGUAGCAAAGCCAAACGAGAUCUAGAAACUAGAAAGAACACUGUGGAUAAACCCACUUGGAAAUGACCACGAAGGUUCAGAAAAAAGCCACCAUGUGCUGGAGAAAAACGCACAACCAACAAAAUAUAGAAAAAAUAGCAAAAGGAAAACCUUGGGCCACAUUUGUCACCAAAAGAAAGCCGACAACAAACCUAAUGAAAAGGGAAAAGGCGGUGGCCUUUAGAGAGAAGGGAGAUCGAACAAAUUCAAAAUAAGAUUAAAUAAGGAGAGCAAGGUAUAAAAAAUGAGAUUAGGUUUGUCACGACUUAAAUAACUAACAAAAAGAUGUGGUGUUCACUCUAUUUCUUUGGUUUCCCUCAUCUUUAUUGUUUCAUAUAUGUUGAGAUUGAAUUAAUCAUAUUUUGUUGGUGUUGGCAUCCUAUCGAGAUUUGAUAGAUUUUUAAUUGAUUUAAUAUCUUAUUCCUCUUUCAAUAGACUUGUUGGUGACAACAACAAUACGCUUUAUCUCGACCUAGAUUCAAAAUGGUCGUCGUUGCACUAAAUCUAAUACCUAGUU